UAUAAGUGGGAUGAGAGUGCAGGGCCUUACUGCCUGACUUAGGCCAGCAGAAGCUAUGUUGGGACCUGUCUUGUCAGGAUCGAGGGCCAGGGAGCUCAGCAGCAGAAGGAGUGCCACAGCCAGGACUAACGGUGGGAUACUAAUCUGGUUUAAGAGUAGGCUAAACGAAGAGUCUCAGCACAUGGGGGAUGCUCUGAGCGUAACCUCACACAAAACGGACAAAGAGAGACAGAGUGAAACUGGAUUGACUCUUUUUAUGUGGGCGUACAGGACCGUGGGGGCCCCACAGUCGUGCCUCCCCAGUGUCCUAUAGGGGCCAGGCCCAUGGCAACACUAAGCGAUGACCCCCACCUGGGCCGCGGACCCUCGGAUGACCACGAGUGCCUGCUGGAUAAAGAGUCGGAUGAGUCCGACUCGGGGAGCGUGCUCUCUGAUGACUCUGUGCUGCCGGACUACGAGAGGGAGGAGGAAGACCGAGACCAGGUGCCUGCCAACACGCUGUACGAGGCCUGCGCCCUGAACCAGGUCAGGACCCUGACGCUGUUCCUGGAGGCGGGAGUCACCAACGAGCAGGCUAUGGAGCUGGACGUCAACGGCAGGAACGGCCUGAUGGUGGCUGUGGCCAAAGGUUUCUUGGACAUCGUGUAUGCGCUCCAUGUAUGUCCGCACAUAGACAUCAACCACCAAGAUGCAGAUGGAAAUACUGCACUGAUGAUCGCUGCCCAGGCUGGGUUCGCCACUGUCCUUAACUACAUCAUGAACUACUACCCUGGCGUGGACACAGAGAUGAGGGAUCCCCGUGGCUUCACGGCCCUCAUCAAGGCAGGUCUACAAGGACGCGAGGACUGUUUAGCCGCCCUACUCAUGCAUGGUGCGGACAUAAAUGCGCUGGACCUGUCCCGGGGAAGAGGUUUGAAGGACUGGGUCACAAAGACCGGGAGGUUUGAGACGCUGAACAGGCUGCGGCGUCUCCAGGCCCAUCCAUUGGCCGAGCAGUUCUGUGAGAGCUACGUUCCCGAGUGGCCCGAGUUGAGGCACCUGGUGGCCAAAGCCACCGCCACCAAAACCGCCAGGCAGAAGCUAGGCCAGAAAAUAAAGGACACCUUCACCAUCACCCUCCCCCACGACCCCCAGGACAACGGAGUGAUGGACCACUUGGUGCGCAUCACCACCAGUCUCCACAGCCCUCUGGUGGCCACCGCGUGUCGACCUCUCUGCCCCACCAGCCCGCCGGAAAUCGGGAAGCGCCGGCUGGCGGUGGCGGAGCUGCUGGCCCGGCACAGCAGCAAGGAGCUGGAGGAGGGCAGCGUGUGCCACAGCAACGGCUCCGUCACCUCGGCCUCGCCCCGGUCCAGCCAAUCUGCGUGCCUGACCUCCUGCUGCCAGGAGCCCAAGGAGAGUUCAGGGGGCAUGAGGGGCCUCAUGCCCCGCGGCAUGACACGGCAGAACAACAUCUACCCCUCGGGCUGUGUCCCCAAAAUAGAGCUCACCAAAUCCGGGGAGCCCACACCGAAGAAAGAGAAGAAGAAGAAGAGGCAGAAGGGUUACCUAGAGCCUCCCAUCUGGAAAUACAAGGAGGCCAAAGAGGAGAAGAAGAGGGAGAAGAAGAAACAGGAGAAGGAGAAGGAGGAGCAGGAUAAAAAGGUUAAAGAGAGUAAGCGUAUAUCGAAGAAAAGGGGCCAUUGAGGUAUUUGAGGACUCUGACAGCCAUGGAGAUGUUUGCCAUCACUCUGACCCCAGUGGGAACAUAGGCUAUUGGAAAUGAACUGUUGAUCAACAAAGGAGCAAAUGGAUUGACUACACUAAGCGUCUCACUGUCCGAGAUUGAAACCCAGAGUGUGGUGACAUAAAUGUCAAUGUCCAUGGUGGAAGAAGACUCCCAAGGCUCUCAGAUCUGUCUUGAUAUCUUCAUGUUAAAACAAACACGAGAUUAUUAUUUGAUUCGUCUUUAAUUUCUAACUAGAUUAUUUUCACGCACAUUGCUAUCAUCCAGCUGGAGUUUGUGCACUUACUAGGACAAACUGAACAACCUUAUUAGAGUGCCAUCAUGGGAUCAUGGAUCAUUUGAAAGCAAUACAGCAAAAUAAUAUAUUAUUUACUGCAGAAAAUAUAAUCUAUCAACUGCUACUCUCAUCAGUCAUCAAACUCAGGGAUAAAUUAUAUCGCACAUGGUUUGUAAAUAUAUUCAUAUGGCAGCCAUUUUAACCAGAGCUCACCUUUGUUACAGUGAGGCGUAAAUUACUUAAGAGGGGGACAUUUGUUGUUUAAUCUAUGCUGUUUAGGGUAAAUAAAUUAUGAUGAGCUGCAGAAAGUUCUGUAAACUCUGUCGUAGACGGAGAUUGGGGGGAUGUUGAGUGAGGGAAUAAUCUGGAGAGGCUGCUAUCUUGCACCUGGACCUUUUAUUUUGCUGAACCUGGGCUCACUGGCCACCUCUGACCUCACGGCACUUAUAGUAAACAGUGCAGCUAGCUAUGCAUGAAAACUUGGUUUGCCAGUUUUCACCUUGCACAUAAAUAAUUUCAUAAAAACUGUUUUUUUUCAACUGUUUCACUAAUUUGGGUCAUGUUGGGGGUUGUGUAGGUAUACUUGAAUAAAAACAUUCCCUAACAUGGAGUUAUGUGUAGUGCACACAUAGAGAAAAGCACGUAACUUCAGUUGUUAAUGGUUCUAGAUCAAGUUAAGUGAUCUUAUUCGUGGGAGCCAAAGGUAGAACCGAGGCAGGUUAGUUUGAUCCUGAAGUGUGAUCCUUUAAGACCUGCCAUCAUUGCGUCAUGAUCCGGCUUUUCGACCAGCCUUGAAUGGAGCACAGGUCAAGAGGUAAAAAAAUUAAAUAAUGGAAAGUGUGAUUGGACUGGUGUGAGAAUAGAGUACAGAAUAAC